UUCGUGUCCGAGGCAGGGAAACAGAGUUGCCGAUUGGCUGGAAGCGGCGAGGCAGGCAGCGAAUGCGGGGCGCAGACUCCGUCCCCCGCCCGACGCCCACGGGAAAGACCCCCUCAUUCCCUCACGCGCGGAGGAAGACUUGGUUGAGAACUGACAUCGAGUCUUGCAUGUUGCAAAGACGUUGUAAACUAAGAGGCAGGAUGAAGAAGGAGCAGGUACUGAAUUGUCAGUUCUCCUUCUGGUACCCACGUUUUAAGAACCAGACUAUCCGCAGUAUCGUACUUCCCCUGCCACAGAACGUGAAGGAUUACCUGCUGGAUGACGGGACUCUGGUAGUUUCAGGAAGCGAAGACCUCCCAACGUGUUCCCAAGAAGACGACGAUGGCAACAGUGAUGAGGCGGAGGAUGUGCAGUGGUCUGAUGACGAGAACACCACAACACUUAUGGCCCCAGAAUUCCCAGAGUUUGCGCUGAAAGUUCAAGAAGCAAUCAGUGCCCUGGGAGGCAGUGUUUUCCCCAAGCUCAACUGGAGUGCUCCAAGGGAUGCCUACUGGAUAGCAAUGAAUAGCUCCUUGAAGUGUCAAUGCAUCAGUGACAUCUUCCUACUUUUCAAGAGUUCAGACUUCAUUACUCGAGAUUUCACUCAACCGUUUAUCCAUUGUAAGGAUGAUUCUCCAGACCCCAGCUUGCAGUAUGUGCUUGUACUCCGAAAAUGGUGUGAAUUAAUUCCUGGAGCUGAAUUCAGGUGUUUUGUAAAGGAAAACAAACUUAUAGGUAUAUCCCAGCGGGACUACACUCAGUACUACGAGCAUAUCUCCAAACAAAAAGAAGAGAUCUGCAGAUGCAUACAGGAGUUUUUCAAGAAACACAUACAGUAUAAAUUCUUUGAUGAAGACUUUGUGGUUGAUGUCUACAGGGACAGCAUGGGAAGGGUGUGGAUAAUUGAUUUUAACCCCUUUGGUGAAGUAACAGAUUCCCUGUUGUUUACAUGGGAGGAGAUGAUCUCUGGGAAUAACCUGAAAGAUGAACAGAGUGAAGGAGCAGCCAUGGAACAGGACUGUCCCUCAUUCCGUUGCACAAACAGCAGCCUCACAGUUCAGCCAAGUCCCUACCUCAGCUACAGACUCCCCAAAGAUUUUGUCGAUCUUUCCACUGGAGAAGAUGUUCACAAAUUAAUUGACCUGCUCAAACUAAAAAGAAAUCAGCAAGAUGAUGAAGAAUCGUGAAGUACAGGAUAAAAUAGAAACAAGAUGGGCGGCUAGAGCUUCAUGAGUGUGUGUGUGUGUGUGGGGGGGUAACAAUGAUGACAAGUUUUUAACAGCACCAGCUCCAGAAAAAAAGCUGUUUUUUAUCUCGUGCUCAUGGAAUUGAGACAAUGCCUGUCUUGUUGGGGCACUUAAUUUAAUACAUGUAUCUUCUGCUUGAUUAUUUAAAGUAGAGCCAGCCCUUAGCCACGCCGCUCUUCUCUCUCCUGCCAGCGGGCGGUGCUUGUGUCCUGUCCUCUGCAGUCCAUACCGGUAGUGCUGCUGCUGCAGCAGUGUCUCUGGACCAGGACUGGCCCCUUUGAAACUAGGACUGGCCGCUGCCACAGCGCUAAGUUUGCCUUCAAGGUGGGGGCGGGGGGGAUGUCUUCACUGCUUUGCCAGGAAGGAGCUGCCCCAUUGGUGUGAGAGGCAGCCACUCCCACUCCCCACAGGCCUGCCUCUUUGGUAUUCAGGGCAUGGCCUGUGUGUUGUGCUGACAGACCCUUUCCCCCAGUUAGUACGGCCUUAACUGAAGCUCAGGGAGGAAGGCGUGGCGGCUGUGGGGGAGGGGGCUUCAUUGCAUUAAAGUCUCUUUGUUCCUUCCUGUGAUGAGAAAAAUAAAAUAAUUAAGAAGUGCACAAA